AUGAAUGAUGAAGACGAUAUAACCUCUCCAUCAUUAGAAUCAGACCUCGAUCUUUUGCCCUCGCAGCAACCCAAGUCAGUGCUACCCAAAGCUGCAGCAGUACUAUCACUGAUGGCAUCUCCAUAUAGACCACAAGGAUCACCCGCUCCAUCAUUGAGUCUUCAAGCAUCGUCGUCGUCGCCGUCACGGCUUGCCAACUUAGUCAAAGUCAUCAAGAAAUAUAUCAGCUUUUUGGGUCCGGGAAUCAUGGUCUCGGUAUCAUUCAUGGACCCAGGAAAUUACUCGACAUCAGUGACGGCUUCGAAGUUUCAAUAUAAAUUGUUGUUCUCGAUAUUUGUUGCAAACAUCAUGGCGAUUUUCCUCCAGCUGUUGUGCGCGAAACUCGGGGCGGUCACCGGGCUAGACUUGGCCCAGAAUUGCAAGAAACACAUUUCCAAAAAAUGGAAUCUCACCCUAUAUGUUCUAACCGAAGUGGCGAUCAUUGCCACCGACUUGGCAGAGGUCAUUGGUACCGCGAUCUCCCUCAAUAUCUUAUUUGGCAUUCCUUUAUUUUUGGGGGUGGUGCUUACCAUCAUCGACGUGCUCAUUGUGUUAAUGGCGUAUCGUCCUAAUGGUCCAAUGAUUAUCGUGAGGAUCUUUGAAGCUUUUGUCAGCUGUCUUGUUCUCGGAACCGUGAUUUGUUUUGCAGUGGAAUUAGUAACGAUAUCGAACAAUAUCACCGUCAAAGAAAUCAUCAACGGGUUUUUACCUUCCAAAACCGUGAUUGAAAACGAUGGGCUUUAUAUUAGCCUUGCGAUAUUGGGGGCCACUGUGAUGCCCCAUUCAUUAUACUUAGGGUCAGGGCUUGUGCAACCUCGGUUGAAAGAGUACGAUAUUAAAAUGGGCAACUACCUGGAAGAAGAACACCUGGAAGCUGACCCUGGCAAACAUUACGUUCCUUCAAUCGAUGCUAUCAACGAGACUAUGGGGUAUACAAUAACCGAGCUUGUGGUAUCGCUAUUCACCGUUGCCCUUUUCGUUAAUUCGGCAAUUCUCAUUAUCGCCGCCGCAACGUUCAAGGACUCCAAUACUCAAGAGACCGAGAACGCUGAUUUAUUCACGAUUUACAAUCUUCUUAGUGCUAAUUUGUCACGGACUGCUGGGACGAUCUUUGCCCUUGCCCUUUUAUUUUCUGGACUUUCUGCAGGGGUGGUAUGUACUUUGGCAGGACAAAUGGUGUCAGAAGGGUUUCUUGAUUGGACCAUCACCCCAUCAUUAAGACGGACCAUCACCAGAUCCAUUGCCAUUGUUCCUUGUCUUGUGCUCUCGCUACUUUCUGGUAGAGAAGGGCUUUCUAAUAUUUUGAAUUUCAGCCAAGUGGUGCUCAGUUUCUUGUUACCGAUUGUUUCGGCACCACUUAUUUACUUCACCAAUAGUAAACGGAUCAUGAAGGUAGGUAUCAGGAAGUCUUCAAUGUACCACCAAAACCAUGGUUCCGGCAACGAGAUCCAGCUAGAUUGUUUGAACAAUCCUCUGUCACCAGGGGAAGUCAUAGAAUUCGAUGAGUUGGAUGACGAUGAAGGGGAUCAAUUACUACAAAAUAACCCCCAACAACAACAACAACAGAUGAUAGAUGAACAUGAGAUUGUGGCCUAUAAGGAUAUGUCCAACGGCACCAUUACCAAGAUGUUGUCAAUAAUAAUAUGGUUGUUCAUUACGAUAUUGAACUUUUACUUGGUGUUCAGUUUGAUGAUGGGUAAAGAUAUUCCUUUAUAG